AUGGUGAAGGCACGCAAGUUCGUCCUUGCAAAUCUCUUCAAAGGAGAGCCGAAAGUCGACGACUUCAGAAUCGAGGAAGAAGAACUGCCACCGCUGCUGGAUGGGCAGAUACUGUGCGAGACGGAGUACAUCAGCGUCGACCCCUACCAGAGGGGGUUCACACACAGGUACAAGGUCGGGGCUACCAUGAUCGGAUCACAGGUAUUCUGGUUACGGGUGGCACGUAUAGUUGAGAGCCGAUCGCCACAGCACCCGGCAGGAUGGCAUGUUGUCGGCACCUGGGGCUGGCGCGACCGCACAGUGGUGGAUCCGACGCCGGCGCCUGACGACAUCCUGCCACUGAUGCUGGUGCCGGACUACAGGGACCUACCUAUGUCACUGGCAGUGGGGGUGCUGGGAAUGCCAGGAGCCUCCGCCUACUUCGGACUGCUCAACAUCUGCCACCCCAAGCCGGGGGAGGUGGUGGUUGGCAGUGGCGCGGCGGGCGCCGUGGGCUCCAUAGUGGGACAGAUAGCGCGCAUCAAGGGCUGCAAGGUCAUCGGCAUCGCUGGCUCUGACCAAAAGGUCAAGUGUCUGAAGGAGGAGCUAGGUUUCCACCACGCCUUCAACUGCAAGACGGCAAACAUGGACAAGGCGCUGAAGGAGGCCGCCCCGGACGGCGUCGACGUCUACUUCGACAACGUGGGAGGGGAGCAGAGCAGUGCGGUGAUCGCCAACAUGCGUCAGGGCGGCCGCAUAUCCGUGUGUGGCUGCAUCUCCGUCUAUAACGAGACGAAGGUGGCCAUGGCACCCGUCGUCCAGAUGCACAUGGUCGGAAAGGAACUCGUACUGGAGGGUUUCAUGGUGAUCCGGUGGCUGGACCAGUGGGAUAAGGCCUUCCUCGAGAUGGCACAGUGGAUCAAGAAGGGAAAGCUCAAAUACAGGGAGGCCGUCGCGGAGGGCUUCGAAAACACCCCGAAAGCUUUCAUCGGUAUGCUCAGGGGUGAAAAUCUGGGGAAAGCCGCCGUCAAGGUGUGA